AGGCCCUCUACAUUUUUUGGCUUUUUCUCCCAUGCAUUUUUCAGUCGCCAUGAGCGGUCGAAAGAUCGCAGAUGCAGCGACCAAGAACCGUACGCAGACACCAUUUUGGACAUGGCUUCGAAAUAAGUUAUUAGCUGUAGACAGAUUGCCAGGCACCCCAGCACCCGGUAUCCCUGGAAAGGACGGAAAGGCUGUUUAUCACAAUCCGCUACGUUUCCCGAAGACGCAGUCAGCGCGCCCAGGUUCUGCAGAACUACCAUCAUUACCUGGGGGUAUUCAUCAUAAACUAGCUGAAAACUACUAUUACACAAGAGAUGGGCGCCGUGUAGUUCUGCCGCCAAACGUUUUGUACGUCGCUGAUGCUCAUGGAGUAGAAUUUGGAUCAGCCAAAGGGGAAAAGAUUGAGCGCGACAAAGCUAUUCAAGUCAACAAGGGGCCGAACGCUAACUUUGGCCUGCAAGCACCCACGCCCGGUUUCGGUUUUGAAUGGAAACGCGCAAGAGAGACGGAGUUGGAAACGCAGAGAAACGAGCCUGAACUUGAAAAACUAGAGCGUUUUGACCGAUUCACGGCAAGCCAGUAGAAGUCGGAUAUUGUAGAAAUCGAU